GCGGGGGAGCGAUGGUCGCAAGAUGGCGGCGCUGAAGGAGGCUCGGAGCUACGGGCUGUCGUGCGGACGGCUGGGCGACGGCAGCCGGGUGUCCGUGUUCCACGUGAAGCUCACCGACAGCGCCCUGAGGGCCUUCGAGAGCUACCGCGCCAGCCAGGACUCCGUUUCACUGAGACCGUCGAUCCGCUUCCAGGGCAGCCAAGGGCACAUCUGCGUCCCUCAGCCCGACUGCCCCUCCGAGGCCCGAACCUUCUCCUUUUACCUCUCCAACAUCGGCCGCGACAGCCCACAGGGCAGCUUUGACUGUGUACAGCAGUACCUGUCCAGCCGCGGGGAUGUCCACCUGGACUGCCUGGGCAGCAUCCAGGACAAGAUCACAGUGUGUGCCACCGACGACUCCUACCAGAAGGCGCGGCAGAGCCUGGCACAGGCCGAGGAGGAGACGCGGAGCCGCAGUGCCAUUGUCAUCAAGCCGGGUGGCCGGUACCUGGGCAAAAAGGUUCAUUUCCGGAAGCCAGCCCCAGGGCCGACGGAUGCCGUGCCCUCCCGGAAGCGGGCUACCCCCGUCAAUCCGGCCAGUGCCCUCAAGAAGGCCAGUGGUGGCGGCAGCAGUGGAGGGGUCUCCCAGAGGCCCUUCCGUGACCGGGUGCUGCAUCUCCUGGCACUGAGGCCCUACAGGAAGGCCGAGCUGCUGCUGCGGCUGCAGAGGGAUGGGCUGUCGCAGCCAGACAAGGAUGCGCUGGACGGCCUCCUCCAGCAGGUGGCCAAUGUGAGUGCCAAGGAUGGUACGUGCACACUCAAGGAUAGCAUGUACAAGGAUGUGCAGCGGGACUGGCCCGGCUACUCGGAGGGUGACCGGCAGCUGCUCCAGCGCAUGCUUGUCAGGAAGGUGUGCCAGCCACAGGGUGCCAGCACCUUCCCCAGUGAUCCUGCUGCCAGCCCUCCAGGGGAGCACGGAAAUGCCUCCUCGCUGCUGCAGAAGCGGCCGCAGCCUUCUGACUUCAUUGACCCCCUCGCCAGCAAGAAGCCCCGGAUCUCACACUUCGCCCAGCGUACCCAGCCUGCUGUCAACGGGAAACUGAGUGCGCCCCAUGGCCGCACCACCCCCCUUCUCCCACUGCCUGAGCCCCCACGGCCCCAUGACCCACUGGCCGACGUCAGCAACGAUCCGAUCCACGGUGGCCGGGACUCAGAGUCCCUGGAGGCAGGUGGUCCAGGUUCUGCUGAGCGCCUGCACCCGCCCCCAUCCCCAGACUGCACGCGGCCCAGCCGGCCCCACGGCAAGGCCAAGAAGAAGUCUAAGAAGCACCGCGACAAGGAACGGGUGCCUGAGGACCAGCACCAGGGCUCGCAACCCGACCCAGAACCUGCAGAGAGCUCAGGCAGCACCCUCGGAGCCCCACCAGAUGCCCCAGGGUUAAAUGGUGCCUGCCACAGUGCCAGUGUCCCCACCUCAACCUCAGACACGCCCGACUACUUACUGAAGUACGCAGCCAUCUCAUCCUCGGAGCAGCGGCAGAGCUAUAAGAACGACUUCAACGCAGAGUACAGCGAGUACCGUGACCUACACGCCCGCAUCGAGCGUAUCACGCGGCGCUUCACCCAGCUCGACGCCCAGCUCCGGCAGCUCUCCCAGGGCUCUGCGGAAUACGAGACGACGCGUGGGCAGAUUUUACAGGAGUAUCGAAAAAUUAAAAAGACCAACACCAACUACAGCCAGGAGAAGCAGCGCUGCGAGUACCUGCACAGCAAGCUGGCCCACAUCAAGCGGCUCAUUGCUGAGUAUGACCAGCGGCAGCUGCCCGCUUGGCACUAGCCUGAAGUGCUGGGCGGAAGGAGCCGCCCAGGGACCAAUGGCCUCAAGGCCUGCUCCACACACCCACCCGCUGCUGGGCAGACCCUUGUGGAUGGUGGGGCCUGGGGGACAAAAGGCGGGAAAGAGAAUUUAUUUAAAUAAAUACAAGGACACGCACCCAUCUGAAGCCACACGUGGACAGCGGGGGUCCUGAAGACGGGGCCUUGGGCCGCGCUACCCCGCUGCUGUGGCCAGAGAUGAGCCAUGCGCCUUUUCUAGUUUUAUACAGACAGCCACUUUUAGCUACUGCGAGGAGACUCGUCUAUUUUUGUAUGAAAAGAAAAAGCCCUUUUUCUACACCUGUGCCUCCUGCCGCCAGUGGAUCUCAGACCCGAGGUCCUUUCUGCAGUAUUACCGCCACCGGAGCAAGCACUGUUCUGAGGGCUCCACGGAAUGGGCGUCGCGGGGGCCACAUUUCUGAGGAGCCUGGCCCAGGGUCACCAUUUACAGGGACACCCCGUCAGGCCCUGGAGCUGGGGUGACCUCUGGCCUGCAGAUACCACCUCUCCCCACCUGCCGAGGGAUCUCUCAGAGGGGCAGAGCGGCACUAUUUUGAGAGGCCCAGCUGGCAUGGAGCAGCUGCAGGGCCUGGGGCCAGUGGGGCCCAUUUGUCCCGGGAGGUGCCUGCCCGUUGUCCCCAAGCCGGCCAGCUAUUCCAGGCGCCCAGCUGCCAGCCAACCGCGACCGUGCCGGACGCUGCACCAGGUGGUAUUUGUGACUUCUCAGAGCUCCCCUUUGCUGUUGCUGCUACUGCUUCUUGUUUGUUUUUCCUCCGGGGGUUGAGACCCCUCCUACGAGGCCCCGGGUUUGCACUCAGGGAGGGGCUGGGGGCGCGGCUUCGCGGGCCCCACAAUUGCUGCUUUGUUGCUGUGCCUAGUGUGCCCCUAACCCCGCGGGGCCGUGUGAUUGCGUGUGUGUAGGAGGACUCCGCGGAGCCACAUAGUGGGGUCCCCGCAGACCAGGCGGCGGGGGCAGGGCCUGAGGGGUGGGGCCACGCAGAGGGGGUGGGGCCUAGGCGUUGGAAUGCGGCCGCGCCUGGACCCUGUGCUAUGGGAGCAGGGCUGACCAGCUUCCAAAGAGCUGGCGGGUGAGGAAGGCGCCAUCAGGGUGUCACCCCCCCCACACACACAAAGCCCCUUCCUGUGGGACCCCCAGCCCCCGCGGAAACGUUGACCCUUCGUGUUUUAUCAUUUGGGGGGUGGCAGGGUGGGCACGUAGGCCCGGGUGAUCGGAGGAGCCCAGCCGCCUGCCCGCUCCUGGGAACCAUCUCCUGGGAAUCUCAGUUGAAUUUGCCUUUUUGUUGUUAUUGUUAUUUUUUUUCUCCUUUUAAGGAAUGGUGAAAAUCAGAAGUUUUGUGCUGUGGGGGUUGGCAGACGACAGUCCCAGCCAAUUAAAUAGGGUCUAACUUAUUGAUACUGUUCUAUCCCUCUACUUCCUACUGUGGAGAGAAGCCACUUUGAGCCAUGGAGUUGGUGUUUACAAGAACUUUUCACUUUUGCCAAAAUGUUACAAUUGAGAGGCACCUGCAUCUUCAGUUUUCCUGAUAUUUUCUUAAAAGAGCUAGUGUCCUUUUUGUACACUAAACAGAUGAAUGCUGAAUUUUUUCAACCUACAAUAAAUUUCACUGAACUGAACUGUGGCCCUGGCUGCCUGGCCUGUGUUCAUGUCUGGGUCCUCCAGGCUGGCUCCUGUGGCAUCACUGGAGGGUGACCAUGGUGAUGGUGUGGACUGGACAGGGAUGGCAGCUUAGACAGCCUGCCAGCGCUGCCGCCCAGGAGUCAGUCAGUGUGGAGAAUGGAUGUGAAGGUGAUGGGGAGCCACAGCAGGUGUGUGAGCAGGAUAGAGCCCGGACUCGUUUGCACACAUUCUCUGAUGACAACAGCGGGCAGUAACUGAUUCCUCCUUUCUUUCUGCUGCUUGCUGGGGGCAGGGGCAGGGUUGUCCCCGUGACUCUGAUGGGAACACUGAGGCCCAGAGGGCCUAUAAACCCAGGACACCAGUGGGGGCAGUAGUUCUUGUCCCCUGUUCCGGGUGAGAAGCCUGAGGUUGGGAGGCAUGGAGGCAGGCCCUGCCUGCUCAAGACCGUGGGGGUGGACUUGAUUUUAGAAAAACAAAGCAGAUGACUGAGUGAAGGCCCCAGCACCCUCACUGUCCCCAUGUCCACUGCAGGCUCCUGGGGUCAGCGAGCAGCCUGCUGGCCAUGGCCUUAGCCCAAGUUCUAAGGUGGCCUGGAGUCUGAGGCACAGGAGUCUCGGCCAGCAGCAGCCUGUGGGCAAAGUGUACUAGUCACAUAGAUAACAUCUUUUUUGUCCUCAUGCCCCAGGCCCCCGCCUGGCACCUCCCCUGACCCUCCACUGCCUGUCCUAGCAGCACCCCCACCACAGCCACAGUGUCCUUUGACUGUCCUGCCUGAGAGUCCAGCCCCCUUGGGCCCCAGAAUGGUCUUCUGGGCUUGAGCCUGCCCUUUGGUAUACAACGCUGUGCCACCCUCCACUGGGCUUUGGGACACAGCAGGGACUGGAUGGCCCCACCUGCCCUCAGUGGGACAUGGACAAAAGCCUGAGUGACCCCCAAAUGGCAUGGGGAUGAUAAGAGCAUGGCUGCACACUGCCCACCCCCCCAGGCUGGGUCCCACUAACCCUGUGGUCCUACCCAGGCCCUGACCCUUCUAGAGGCUGAGCCUCCCCACCUCCAGGCCUAUAGCCAGCCCUGCAGUCACCUUACAGUGCCAAGUGACCAGUAGGGAUAGAUACAGCCCUGUCCCUGCCAUUUCUCCACCGAACUCCUCACUGCCAUUCCAAGAGGGCUGUCAGGGCCUGGGUCCCCACACUUCCCUAUGAACACUGGGGACCCCUGGCAUGGGUCCUGGGCCUUUCUCUCCUUUACAUACAUUCCUGUGACUUCACAUGUGGCCUCAAGCUCCCCUCACCUCACCUUAUCCCCAGCCUUUAGACCCCUACAUCCCCACUUCCCCAGGCUGCCUAUAAACUCCUUUUCAUACCUAAAAACCCGUCAGUGGUCACCUCUGCUGGGAAGCCUUCCCAGCCCUCCCUAGGGUGCCCCUGGCUGGCCUUGUCUCUGGUCCCCUCUGGCUUGGGGUGGACAAGUCUACUUCUCACCUCCCCCCAACUCCACUUGAGUCUCUUUAGGGCUAGGCAUGGGCCCAGAGAUUCUGAGCCCCCUCCCUCAAGGCCAGGCCCUGACUGUGUUCCCUCCAAGCGUUCCCAACUAUCCACCUUUUGGGUCA